GCGGGGACCCUGAGCUGAGCGAGCGCCGCGCCAUGGAGGGGCUGGAAGGGAAUGGAAGUGUUGUCCAGGUUGGAGAACUGUUGCCCUGUAAGAUCUGUGGAAGAACAUUCUUUCCGUUAGCACUGAAAAAACAUGGACCCAUUUGCCAGAAAACUGCCACUAAAAAAAGGAAGACUUUUGAUUCCAGCAGGCAAAGAGCGGAAGGCACUGAUAUUCCCACAGUCAAACCGCUUAAACCCAGGCCAGAACCACCAAAGAAACCGUCUAACUGGAGAAGAAAACAUGAGGAAUUCAUUGCCACCAUACGAGCAGCUAAAGGCCUGGAUCAGGCCCUUAAAGAGGGGGGCAAGCUUCCUCCUCCUCCCCCACCUUCAUAUGAUCCGGAUUACAUUCAGUGUCCAUAUUGCCAGAGGAGGUUCAAUGAAAAUGCGGCAGAUAGACAUAUAAAUUUCUGUAAAGAACAGGCAGCACGUAUUAGUAAUAAGGGCAAAUUCUCUACUGACCCCAAAGGAAAGCCAGCUUCUCGGCCACAGUAUAAGCCAUCUCCACUUAAAAAGUCCAAUUCUCCUGGAACUGCAUCGUCAGGGUCUUCCCGACUACCACAACCAAGUACUGCUAGCAAAACUGCUGUAGGUGUGCCUUCGGGUAAAGCAUCUUCAGUUAACAGUUCUUUGGGAAAUAAACUUCAGACCUUAUCUCCAUCUCAUAAAGCAAUAGCAGCCCCUCAGGCAGGAGCUAACAUUAAAUCUCGAAAUACUACACCUCCUAGCUUGGCAAGAAAUUCUGUGGCAGGUGUGCUUACCAACAAAAGAAAAACUUUCACUGACAGUUAUGUAGCCAGGCCAGAUGGAGACUACACAUCUUCAAUUAAUGGUGGGAACAUUAAAGGCAUUGAGGGAAAUUCAUCUGGACACUUACCAAAAUUCUGCCAUGAGUGUGGGACGAAAUACCCUGUUGAGUGGGCAAAGUUCUGCUGUGAAUGUGGCAUUCGAAGAAUGAUUCUGUGAGCAGAGUCCCAAGAGCUAAGGGGCCGGGCUCAGAAUCUGAUAGCCAUUGCUGCUUU